UUUAACGGUUACAUUAAUCCAUUUUCUUAUUAUUUCGAAUUUAUAUGUCAAAGCAUUUAUUUCUGAGAUGAUAUGGUAAAUAUUACAAACAAAAUAAAGAAAAAGAGCUUUCCGAAACUUUUAUUUCGAGCUUUGUUUCCGAGAUUUUUGUUUCUUGGUCAUGGGUUGUUAUGUAUAUGGAUAGUAACUAAGCAAGAAAAAGAUACGAGAUUUUGGUUUUUACUAAUCUGUUUAUUUCUGUUAGUUUUUGAAGGAUUAUAUAACGCAAUUGUCAGACAUGGCAAAGAGUUUCAUUGGUUCUGCCCGAGUGCAUUUCUUUACUGUGUAGUGUUAAUUGUUACCAUUUCAUUUUUACGCGAAAGACAGAUACAAUGUCUUAUUAAUGAUAAAUGCAAUUAUGAACUUUACGGCGAAGACAUUAUUACAAAGGCAUUCAGUAAAUGGCUUUUUCCAAAAAGAGUAACAAUUAUUGAGCAGACUGGGAUGCUGGUUUUAAUUAUUGGAAGGUGGCUUCUUCCUUCAGGAUCAAUCUCAAAGGAACAGUUUUCUCAAAUUUUGUUAAUUUACAUUGGAACUGCUGCUGAUAUUGUGGAGUUCAAUGAAAUUUACAACAACGACGUCAUACAAGAUGUGAUAAAGGUCGGUGGUGCCGACAAUUUACUGCACGGAGUCAUGGCAGUUUGGGCAUUAGCUAUAUUACAGUUUUCAUUUACUGUAGCUCUUCCUGAAGAUGGUCUAAAACAUGUAGAAAAAGAAGAAACAUUCCAGGUAGAAAAAAUGAGUUAUUUUAAUAAAAUUAAAUCGAAUCAUGUUACACCUAUCUCGUAUAUGCAUUACAAAUCGAGGUUGCGUGAAGAAUUUUCGGAUUCUGAGAAAUUAGUUUUAGAGAAAAAAGAUUUAGUUAAGGAGUUAAAUGGUCUUCAUCCGAAACGCAGUAAUGCUUCAACAACAUCAGCAAAUAAUAAUGACAACAAUUUACAGAAUAGUGGACAAAUAAAUAGUGUAAUAAACAAAAACAAUAACAGUAAUGAAAAGUUUAUAUCUUAUUUUGAAUCCACUAAUAUUAGAUCAGAAGAGAUUGAUUAUUUUAACUCCAGAGGCAAAUCUUCAGUAACACUCCCGACUGGAUUAAGAAAUCCUCAAAACGUGGGCUCACCACCAGUCAUUAAUAGAAGUCAUUCUUCCAUGAGUUAUGUACCAAUAUCUCAAAAUAAGAACUCAAUCUCAAUAAAAAAUGACAACAAUAUUAACCUUAAAAACAGAGAGUCUGAAGCUCAGUUGCGUUUCUGGCCGAAACUUUUCAAAUCAUCUAAACAAAAAAAUAACUCAGAAUAUAAUCUUAAAAAUGUUCGUAAAGAUUCCGAUCAAGAAGACGAUCGUUUGGGAAUCGGUAAAGAUGAUAUUCAAAAUUGUUUUGUAAAAUAUAUAGACUUUAUUGGAAUAAUGAUGGCGAUAUUUAUGCAAGAUGGACCAUUUUUUAUUUUUCGCUUUGUUCUUAUUGUUCGUUACCAAGUUGUGACAGAAAUGAUCAUUUUGCUAACAGUAAAAAAUGCACUUGUUAUUAUAGUUCAAGUAUACAGAAUGUUGAACAUGCUUUGUUCAGAACCAAAGCAAGAAGAUUUAGAAGUCGAUGAUGCAACUAUUCGCAUAAGAAACGCUAUAGAACAAAAUAAUAGAUUUUCUUCAAGACUUUCCUUAAAGCGUCAAAGAGCAGGUUUAGCUCUUACAGCUCUUGCAAGAAUGCAAAUCUUAAGUAAAGACAAUCCUCCCGCCAUAAUAGGAGAAGAUUCGAAUGAAAGUGUAAAAAAUACUUCAUAAUAACAAGUAGGCUGAUAACAGUUUAUAUAAAUAUUUAAUUACAAAUUAUUAGUAUACUUUUUUAAUUAUUAUAAUGUGUUUAAGUUAUUUAA